CACCAAAUCGGAAUUGCCGUGGUGGUUUUCCUGCAUUGUUAUUCCUUGAGCCUUGAAAGAUAAAUCCGUCAAGAUGAAGCUCGUCCGGUUCUUGAUGAAAUGCGCCAAUGAGACGGUGACGAUCGAGUUGAAGAAUGGAACCAUCCUCCACGGCACCAUCACCUCCGUCUCCCCGCAGAUGAACACCUCCCUCCGCACCGUCAAGAUGACCCCCAAGGGCCGCGACCCCAUCAGUCUCGAUACCAUCAACCUGCGCGGCUCCACCAUCCGCUACUACAUCCUGCCGGACAGUCUGCCGCUGGACACGCUGCUGAUCGACGACACGCCGAAGCCGAAGAAUAAGGCGCGCAAGGAGGGGGCGGACCGCGGGGCGCGCGGUGGGCGUGGCGGGCGCGGUGGGCGGGGUCGCGGACGGGGACGGGGUCGGGGACGGGGUUUCUAA